GAUGCCUCAGAUGAGUAGCUUUCGAAGGAUAGCAUCUAUAUUUGUAAGCGAGGAUGCCGCCAUCUUGACCCCUCUCCGAUCACGGAACGAUAGGACCAGACUACGAAUUAUUCCCGCAGGCUUAUGCCAUUGCAUGAGCAUAUUGGAAUCACUACUACCAAUAUUCCCACUCUAUCGAGUUUAUCGACUCAAAUUCGAUCACAACACGAAGAGAAAACACCAUCAUCCAACAUGUCUCGACCAAAGAUAGCAGUCCUAGACGACUACGCCAACUUCGCACCUCAAUUCAUAUCCCAAUUCUCAGACCGCCUCGACAUCUCCUACUUUCCGGACACUUUGAAUCCCGCCGUGCCCGCUGACCUCGAUGCCCUGGUCGAGCGUCUCUCUCCCUUCCCCAUUAUCUCCACCAUGCGAGAGCGAACCCCCUUCCGCAAAGCCCUACUAGAAAGACUUCCCAACCUCAAAGUCCUUCUGACGACAGGCAUGCGAAAUCUCGGCAUCGACACCGAGACGUGCAAGGAGCGUGGCAUCGUCGUAGUCGGGACCCGAGGCGCGCACAAAGUGCCGAACUUCGAUACCACCAACGAGCAGACCUGGGCGCUGAUUCUGGGACUGGCGAAGGGGAUUGCGGAGCAUGAUGCGCUGGUUAAGAAUGAGCCGAGCAGGUGGCAGGCGAGUGUAUCGCUGGGGCUGGCGGGGAAGACGCUGGCGUGCUUGGGGCUGGGACGGCUCGGGCUGCAGUGUGCGAGGACGGCGGUGUUAGGGUUCGGAAUGAAGGCUGUUGCGUGGAGUCCAAACUUGACGCAGGAGAAGGCGGAUGAGGGCGUCGCAUCUGUGGGUCUGCAGGCGGGAAGCGUCCGGGUGGCGAGCAGUAAGGAGGAGCUAUUUCGCGAAGCCGAUGUGCUCAGCGUGCAUCUUGUCUUAAGUGACCGGUCUCGUGGCAGCGUUGGCGCACAGGAGCUCUCUUGGAUGAAGAAGAGUGCCAUGUUGGUCAACACCAGCCGUGGUCCACUCGUCGCCGAACAGGCACUACUGGACGCGCUCAAAAAGGGCCAAAUUCGAGGCUUUGCUGCUGAUGUGUUUGACACAGAGCCACUUCCGAAGGAUAGUCAAUGGCGAAAUUCGCAGUGGGGACAGGAUGGGACGAGCCACGUCUUGAUCAGCCCGCAUAUGGGUUACGUUGAAGAACAGACCUUGACUGGGAUGUAUAAGGAAACAGUAGAGAACAUUCGGCAGUGGUUGGAUGGUGAGGAAUUCAAGAACAAGAUGGUAUGAUUCGGUCGACUUCAGGGUAUGGUCGUGUUUGAUGUGGACUUUGAUGUGUCGGGUUGAGGGUCUGGCGCCGUCUUGAUCGAUAGUCGAUGUGAUAGAACGAUGCGUCACGGAUUCGAUUAUCACUUCUUGCAUCAUGAGCUGCGUGGUUGCAUGAUGGUAUACAUUGCCGGUCAUCCUGCGUAUCUCGUCGUACGAAGAGCAUUCUCUCGAGCGGUAAAUCUUGAGGAAACAAUUCCUUUUGUCAUAUCUAUUCUCACACUUUCAUACAAAUACAAACACACUACUCCUUGCUCAG